AUGUUGAGUAUUAUAGUUCUAGCGAUACUUGAAUUUGUGAAGAUGAGCGAGGGUGUUGUUGUGAACGAAAUGAUAGAGGGUGUGAUGAAUAUAGAAAAGAUUCAUCCCGUGUUAAGAUACUCCAUCGACUUUUCAUCGAAUGUUUCGAUUGAAGAGUACACCCUCAAUUUUUGGAAGAACGAAACUGCAAUGGUAGGGUUCUUUAGUUGCGAAUUUUGGAAUGGAGAACAUAAAGGUGUGGAUGUACCAAUUAGACUAGUGAUUGGGGCUAUUAAAGAUGAAAUGAAACUCAAGAUACCUUCAGCAAGGAGUGGUGUUAUCAAAUGUGAAAUGAAUUAUGUUGGAUUUGUUAAAAAGAAAGGACAAACGAAAAAAAUGUGGGAGGAAUAUAGAAUGAGGUUUGAAGGGAAUUUGUGCCCCAUGACACCAUACCAAACUAAUAUGUGUAUCAUGGAUGUGAGGUGUUUGUCGUCGCAAAUUAUCGGACACUCAUUGUACUAUGAAACUAUACAAACGAAUGAUAUCAACAUGGUCAGAUUUGUGGUUGAGGAGUACCAAGGAGGUGCAAGCAAUUACUUUUAUGUCGACUUUUAUAGUCGAAUAGAUCCAAUUAUAGUGAAGCGGGUCGAGAAGGAAGUUAUGAUAAAAAAUGAUUUAGCUGAAGUCACGGAACGAUAUAUAGAAAUGCAGAACUGUGGAGAGAAAGUGAAAGGUGGGUUUGUGCGAUUGGAGUACGAAAAGAGUGAAAAGGACUGCAUCACGUUCAAUAAGAUGAUGCUGAAAUUCAAGGACGAUAAGAAAGGAACUGCAACUGCUUUUGACUCAACAGGGCUUAUAGACGGAGUUACUGUGAGUUAUCGAGGAGAGUACACUGUAGCAUUUAUCACACCACGGUACCCACUUUUUGGAGGCUGGUCCGCCACUUUAAUGGUUACUCAUUCCAUCACACUUGAAUCUGAAGAUAUAAAUACUCAGAAUGGAAGUUCCGAGAUUGUAAGACGUGUCAAAAUUCCGCUGAUAACCACGACAAAUCCACUUGCUGUGGUUUCUUAUGAGAUCGUCGUCAAAUUUCCUGUCGGAACGAAAGUUUCCAAAUUUUAUCUGUUGAAAAAUACGUAUGGGACAACGACUGAACUCAACAUAGAGGAGUAUUUGUUGGGCUUAUUUGAUGGACCAGUCAUAAAAGUGGUUCUUUCAAACGUUGUAACAGACGCCAAUACACUCGAUAUGAUUGUUGAUUAUGUUGAGGGAGACAUGAGCUACAAGUAUUUCACAACUUCGCUGAUCAUCAUCUCUGUCAUUUUCUUUUUAAUUAUAAUUAAUUAUUUAACGUACUAUAUUUUAUCAAUUAACAUUUAUUAUAUUAAUAUUAGUAAAUUCAAUUAUUAG